AUUAUUGAAAUCAAUAGAACUGGAGGAUAGUCUGUAGUCUAGCCUAUGUUUCGGGCUGCAAUGAGACGUUCACUAUAUCCUGUCAAUAAUAUUACCUUCGCUUUCAGUAUAUAGGACAGCAAGCCCAGAGCCGGUUGUCUGUGCGCAGGAGGCGCUGCCCUACAUCGCGUUUUAUAAUGAUUGCUGCAGCGUUUUUGGUCUUAUUGAGACCGUAUAGUAUUCAAGUUGUUUUGCUAUUAUUGCUGCUGUUGCUUGGAACUAUUGCAACAAUUCUUUUUUUCUGUUGCUGGCAUCGGAGGCUUCGUAACGGGAAACAUCCCAUAAAAUCUGUGCUUUCAGGGCGCUCAAGGAGUCGCGAAGCUGGUCUCCGGACGCAUCAUUUUCGAUCAGAGGGUUUCAGGCACAGUCCGCGCCAUGCCAGGAGGGCACGCGCUCGAGUGGCAGAGGAAAAGCCUCUUGUCGAAAUUCCCCAGAGUGAUCAUCAGAGUGACUCGUCCACAACUGUGAGGAAACGAAAAGUGAAGAAAAGAGUCCUUCCAGACUUCUAUCACUCAGUACAAGUCACCCCAACACGCAAACCCAGCUCCGGUUCUGGCAACGCUUCCCUUCACUGUUCCAUGUCUUCAUCGGCGGAUUUCUCGGACGAAGAUGAUUAUAGUCUUAAAUCUGGGUCAGUCUCACCGGCACCGGGGGACACUUUACCCUGGAACCUACCAAGACACCAGCGACAUAAGCGACAAAUUCAGGGAGGAUCCGUUUUGGAUCCAGCAGAGAGAGCUGUGCUCAGGAUUGCAGAUGAAAGAGACAGAGUGCAGAAAAAGACUUUUACAAAAUGGAUAAACCAACAUCUCCUGAAGGUCCGGAAGCAUGUUAAUGACCUGUAUGAAGACCUACGAGAUGGACAUAACCUGAUCUCACUGCUGGAGGUCCUGACUGGCCAGUCAUUGCCAAGGGAGCGUGAUUUCCUCAAGACGUUGCGGUUGGUGAGUUCGGCAGAAGCAUGUGCGGUUGAGCAGCAUGGACAUGAGCAGGAUGAUGAUAAGGGGCCUCGGGAGAAAGGGAGGAUGCGAUUCCACAGACUCCAGAAUGUACAGAUAGCACUGGACUUCUUAAAGAGGCGGCAGGUCAAGCUGGUUAACAUCAGGAAUGAUGACAUCACAGACGGGAAUCCCAAAUUGACGCUGGGAUUGAUAUGGACCAUAAUUCUGCACUUUCAGAUCUCGGAGAUCCAUGUCUGCGGGGAGUCGGAGGACAUGACAGCCAAGGAGCGUCUGCUGAUGUGGUCCCAGCAGAUGACCGAGGGCUACGUGGGCGUACGCUGUAACAACUUCACCACCUCCUGGAGGGACGGGAGGCUUUUCAACGCCAUCAUUCACAAAUACAGGCCUGACCUGGUGGAUAUGGCCAGAGUGUCGGCCCAGACUAGCCGGUCAAACUUAGAACAGGCCUUUGGUGUGGCUGAACGGCUUGGGGUGGCCAGACUACUGGACCCUGAGGACGUGGAUGUGCAGACUCCUGAUGAGAAGUCAGUCAUCACAUACGUCUCCACUCUGUAUGAUGUCUUCCCUAAAGUACCUGAUGGUGUUGACGGUAUCAAUGCAAAUGAUGUUGAUAUAAAAUGGGUAGAGUACCAGAACAUGGUGAAUUACCUGAGCCAGUGGCUCAAACACAAUGUGGCAGUGAUGUCAGACAGAGCGUUCCCUAACAACCCAGUGGAACUCAAGGCACUUUAUACACAGUACUUGCAGUUUAAAGAGAAUGAAAUCCCCCUGAAAGAAACCGAGAAGAGCAAAAUCAAGCAUCUUUACAAAAUGCUUGAGGUGUGGAUGGAGUUUGGUCGUAUCCAGCUUCCUCAGGGAUAUCACCCCAACGAUGUGGAGAAGGAAUGGGGCAAGCUGAUCGUGGCCAUGCUGGAGAGAGAGAAGAGCCUGAGGCCUGAGGUGGAUAGGCUUGAAAUGUUGCAGCAGAUUGCCAACAGGGUCCAGCGGGACUGUGUCAAUGGAGAGGACAAACUAGCAUUAGCAAGAGCAGCUCUGCAAUCUGAUGCUAAGAGGCUAGAGUCUGGGGUCCAGUUCCAGAACGAGGCAGAGACCGCUGGGCACCUUCUGGAAUGUGAAAACCUGCUGAGACAGCAGGUGGUAGAUAUCCAGAUUCUACUGGAUGGGAAGUACUACUACUCUGAUCAGCUUGUUCAAAGGGUAUCCAAGCUCCGUGACGACCUGCUGGGCCUGAGGGCAGAGUGUUCCUCUGUGUACAGACAAGGACGCACCCUAACCACCCAACAGACCACGAUGAUGAUCUCAGGCAUCAGUCAGAGUCUCAACUCAGGCUUCUCCUCCUCCAACCUCAACUCCAGCCUCACCCCUGGAGGCCUGGGAACCCCUGGUUCCACCUUCACCUCCAUCCUUACCCCGGGCCUCACCCCUGCCCUGAGUCCCGCCAUGACCCACGGCGGCAUGCAGCCCGGCUUGGUGCAGGCCUACAUGGGGGGCGGAGGAGUGGGUAUGGCCCCGGGAGACCUCCAGCACCUCAAACAAAUGCAGAUCCGCAAGCCCCUGUGCAAGUCCUUGCUAGUGGACCCCAACAUGACCGAGGAUGAGGUCAACAUAAACUUUGUGCAAGACCUGAUCAACUGGGUGGAGGAGAUGCAGGUGCAAUUGGAUCGCGGGGAUUGGGGAUCUGAUUUGCCAAGUGUGGAAACACAUUUAGAGAACCACAAAGGGGUUCACAGAGCCAUCGAAGACUUUCAAAUGAGCCUUAAAGAAGCCAAACUUAGUGAGAUUCAGAUGACCCAAAAUCUAAGUUAUUCUGAGAAACUGGGAAAAUUGGAAACCCAGUAUGGGAAGUUACUGAACUGUUCGCGGGAGCGUCAGAAGAACCUGGAGAGCCUCCAUGACUUUGUUUCGCGGGCCACCAUGGAACUCAUCUGGCUCAAUGAGAAAGAGGAGGAGGAGGUCGCUUUCGACUGGAGCGAUCUCAACGGCAACAUCUCUAAGAAGAGACAGUACCACUCUGAUCUGAUGAGAGAGUUGGAUGAAAAGGAGGAGGUGAUCAAGUCUGUACAGGACAGGGCAGAGAACCUUCUGCAGGAGAACCACCCUGCUAGGUUAACUAUUGAAGCAUACAAAGCAGCCAUGCAGACCCAGUGGAGUUGGAUCCUACAGCUAUGCUCUUGUGUGGAGCAGCACCUCAAAGACAACACAGUCUAUUUUGAGUUUUUCAAUAAUGCCAAAGAGUCAAUGGAUUACCUGAAGAGCCUGCAAGGUGACAUCCAAAGAAAGUAUUGCUGUGAUCGGACAAGCAGUGUACACAAGCUGGAAGAUCACAUCCAGGAGUCCAUGGAUGAGAAGGAGCAGCUCCUCCAGUACCGCAGCACAGUGGCUGGGUUGGUGGGCAAAGCCAAGGCCAUCGUCCAGCUCAAGCCUAGGAACCCAGAUACCCCUGUCAGAUCCUCCAUACCCGUCAAAGCCAUCUGUGACUACCGACAAAUAGAGAUCACCAUCUAUAAGGAUGAUGAGUGUGUCCUGGCCAGUAACUCUCACCGGGCCAAGUGGAAGGUGAUCAGUCCAUCUGGGAACGAGGCUAUGGUUCCCUCUGUCUGCUUCACCGUGCCUCCACCCAACAAGGAGGCUGUGGACCAGGCCAGCAGAAUUGAGCAGCUGUACCAGAAUGUCCUGACUCUGUGGCACCACUCCCACAUAAAAAUGAAGAGCGUGGUCUCCUGGCACUACCUGAUGGCAGACGUCAGAGCCAUCCGUGACUGGAACGUGUCCUCAAUUAAGACCAUGUUGCCAGGCGAGCACCAGCAGGUCCUUAGCAACCUGCAAUCCCACUUUGAGGACUUCCUGGAGGACAGCAAGGAGUCGGAGGUGUUCACUGUGGCAGACUGUUCCCAGCUAGAAAGGGAGGUGCUGGCCUGCAAGGACUACUACGAGGAGCUGCUCAAGUCUGCAGAGAGAGAGGAACACGAGGAGUCUGUGUACAACCUGUAUAUCUCUGAGGUGCGUAACUUCCGCAUGCGUCUGGAGGCUCAGGAGGAGCACCUGAUCCGACAGAUCCGCACCCCUCUGGACAGAGACGACCUGGAGCAGAGUGUCCUGCGCAUCACAGAGCAAGAGAAGAAGAAGGCAGAGCUGGAUCAGCUGAAGGACGAUCUGGAGACCAUGAAGGAGAAGUGUGAGACGUUCUUCAGACAGGCCGGGGCCUCUCCCGCUGUCCCCACCCUCUCCUCUGACCUCAAUGUCCUCAUCCAGAGCAUGAGCCAAGUCUACUCCAUGUCCGCCAUCUACCUAGAGAAGCUGAAGACAGUGAGCUUGGUGGUGAGGCACAGCCAAAGUGCGGAGGCUCUAGUGAAGCUCUAUGAGGCCAAACUCUCUGAGGAAGACGCCGUGAACUCUGACCUGAAAUCCAUCGACACAGUCGUCAGCACACUCAAGCAAUGGCGCUCAGAGAUCGACGAACAGAGGGAGAUCUUCCAUGACCUGGAGGAUGGGCUACAGAAGGCCCGUGUUAUCAGUGAACGCAUGUUCAAGGCCCACAACGAGCGGGACUUUGACCUGGACUGGCACAAGGAGAAGGCUGACCAGCUAGAAGAAAGGUGGAACAACGUCCACUCCCAGAUUGAGAGCAGACUUCGGGACCUGGAGGGCAUCAGUAAAUCACUGAAGUACUACAAAGACUCCUACGGCAGUCUGGAUGAGUGGGUCAGAGAGAUGGAGGCUGCUCAGCUCAAGACCCAAGAGAAGCAGCCAGAGGACAGCAAAGCGCUCGCUGAGCUGGUAAACCAACAGAAGGUCCUCGUUGCAGAAAUGGAACAAAAGCAGAGCAGAAUUGAUGAAUGCCAAAAGUACUCAGAGCAGUACUCAUCUAGUGCUAAAGAUUAUGAGCUACAGCUGUUGACCUACAGAGCCAUGGUUGACUCCCAGCACAAGUCCCCGCUCAAGAGACGGAGGAUGCAGAACUCGGCUGAUGCCAUCAUCCAGGAGUUCAUGGACCUCCGAACUCGCUACACGGCCGUAGUCACCUCCAUGACACAGUAUGUCAAGUUUGCCAGUGAGACAUUGAAGAGAGCAGAAGGCGAAGAGAGAUCUGUUGAUGAGGAGAAGAAAGAGCAUGGUGAUAAAGUAAGCAAGCUAUUGAAUUGGAUGUCCAGUGUGAAACCGGGCGAGAACAAAGAUGGUAAAGCCAGCACAGAGGCCUCUAGUAAGCCUCAGGUUUCAAUGGAAGAGAUGGUAACAAAAAAAGAGAAAAUUGCAGAAGCACUGAGGACUACACAGCUUAUGCUAAGUAAACACAGUGAUAAGAUGACCGAGGAAGAGAAGCAGGAAGCAAAGGAGCAGCUGAAAUCCCUCCAUCAAGCCUACAGUGAUCUCGCCCAGCAUUGUUCUGAUCAGACACCAUCUGCCGAGCAGGCCCAGUUGAAGUCAACAUACCAGGAUCUCCUCAGUACCCUUGAUAGACUAUCAGGCUGUAUUCAUGACAACUCUGAGAUGGCCGCCAACCUCGACAUCCUGAACACAUCUGACGUGGACACAGUGAAAGACAUGAUCCAAAAGAAUAAGGGCAUGGAGACUAAUCUGUCAGGGACCCACAGACAUCUGGAGGACGCUGCAUUUGACAUCCAGUACUUUAUCUCAGAGCAUGCCCAGUUCCUGAGUCCGGCCCAGAGCAGGCACCUCCUCAAGUCUCUCAGCGCCACCCAGAGGGCGUUUAAGGAACAGACGGAGAUGGUGGCCAAACAGAGACGCACCCUGGAACGCCACCUGGAGAUCAGAGAGGACGAGAGUCAGCAGAAGUGCAUGGAGGAGAAACAGAAGGUGUUCUCAGACAAGCUGCAGGAGCUGUGUGACAACCUGACCAAUACAGAGAACCGUCUGAUAGGCCAUCAGCAGCAGACCAAGGGUGCAGCGAGUGUGGAAGACCUGCAGCAUGUGCAGCAAGAGCAUCAGGCCUUGCAGAAAGACAUCUUGACCAAUGGCAGUGCCUUGAAUGAGGUCAUCAGUAGCACCAAGAAGUUCCUGGAUGAGAAUCGGUCUACGCUGACCCCAGAUCAGAUCAUUGCCAUCGAGAGCAAGCUGGAGGACGCCGAGAGCAAGGUCAAACUUAUCAACCAACGGGCAGAGGAGUCGAGGAAAGACCUGGAGAAGUCUGUGACCACUGCUAUUAAACAGGAGACUGAGAAGGAGGCUGCUGUUGAGCAGCUUGAGGAGAGCAAGAACAAGAUUGAGGGUUUGCUGGACUGGAUCAACAACAUGGGGAAUGAGAAAGAGAUGGGGGGCGAACAGACAGACCAUAUGGGCAUACAGAACGGGAACAUGCCGUUACAUUCGGAGACCUCGGCCAAGAACAUUCUGGGUGAGGAUGAUGACCCCAAUGGAAACAAUGGAAACGCUUUCCAGACUACAGACAACGACACUGAAGGACAGGCCACAGGGAAGACCCCCGAACUGGACCUGGAAAAGCAGUAUGACAGAGUCAAGGCUCGUCACCAGGAGAUCUUGUCCCAGCAACAGGAGCUGAUCAUGGCCACCCAGUCAGCCCAGGCUCUGCUGGACCACCAGGCCCAUGCCUUGUCGCCCACGGAUAAGGACAAGCUCCAGAGGGACAUUCAGGAGCUGAAAGGACGGUACAACUCUUCCCUUACCCAGGCAGAACAGCAGAUGAAGCAGGUGGUCCAAGUUCAGGAGGAGCUGAAGAAGUUCCAGGGAGACUGUGAGGAGUUUGAGGGCUGGCUGCAGCAGGCCGAGGGGGAGGUGGAGGAGCUGGGAGCCCCUGCUGGAGCUCUCAACGACCUCACAGAGAAGCUCCAGAGACAGAAGAGCUUCUCUGAGGACGUCAUCUCCCACAAGGGAGACCUGCGGUUCAUCACCAUCUCAGGACAGAAGGUGUUGGACGUGGCGAAGGCCUGCGGACGCAUGGACCCUGGUGGGAAAGAUGCCCAGCUGGAGGUGGAUACCACUGCAACCUGUGCUGCUGUGAAGGAGAAGCUGGACUCAGCUGCUGGUCGCUUCAAAGCCCUACACUCUCAGUGCAAUGAUCUUGGCAACAAUCUCAGAGACGUGGUGGACAAGUACAAGAAGUAUGAGGACUCGGCUGCUGGUCUCCUGAAGUGGCUCAACAACUCAGAGGAGGACGCCAGAAGGCAGCAGUCUGAGGCCAUCGCUGCCGACCCUCAAACCCUACAGAAACAGCUGGAGGACACCAAGGGUCUGCAGGGUCAGACUACUGGUCGUCAGACUGCUGUGGAGACACUCCGCAAAACAGCUGACUCUCUGGUCACCGCCCAGGGGGACCUGUUGACCAAUCAGGACCAUAUCCAUGAAACAGUAGAUGAUAUUGUGGAGAGGUAUGACAACCUGUCUAAGUCAGUGAGUGAUCGUAAUGAGAAGCUUCAGAUCACCCUGACCCGCUCCCUGAGUGUCCAGGAUGGCCUGGAUGAGAUGAUGAGAUGGAUGGAGGGAGUAGAGGAGAGUGUGAAGGAGAAAGGACAAGUCCCUCUGGAUUCAGCAGCCAUUGGAGAUGUGCUCAGCAAAGAGGCAGCUCUGGAGCAGGAUAUUUCCAGUCGCCAGAGCAGCAUCUCUGCCAUGAAGGCCAAGGUUAAGAAGUUUGUGGAGACAGCUGACCCCGCUGCAGCGGCUCUGCUGCAGUCCAAAAUGGACGCCCUGUCUCAGCGCUUCUCUGACGCCUGUGACAAGCACAAACACAAGCAGGGCCAGCUGGAGCAGCUGAAGGACAAGGUGGAGGAGUUUGAGAAGACAACGGAGAAGGUGCAGCAGUUUGUGCUCAAGCGCUCUCAGGUCCUCUCUGAAACAGACGGACCAGGGAAAAACGUCAACGAGCUCUCGCAGCUCAUGCAGGAUACUAACACUGAGUUGGCUGAACAUGCCAAGGAUGUGGAAAUGCUGCAGAUGCUGUCAAAUGAACUGGCCAAUAUGGGUCCAGAGGGAAGCAAGGCCCAGAUUCAGCGCAAGAUGGACAAGCUCUCCAACACCUUCAAUGCCUUCAAAAACACUGUGAAGGAGAAAGAGGAGGAGGUGUCUUCCUGCCAGGACCAGCUGGGAGACUUCAGGGCUGCAGCCGGAGCUCUCAGGACGUGGCUGGAGGAGACGACAGAGAAAGUCCCUGUGGUUCAGCCAACCAGCAGUGAACAGAGUCUAGCAAAGGACCUGAAGAGAGUCAAUGCUCUAAUGGAGGAAUGGACAACCAAAGGCUCUGCUGUCCAAGAUAUAAAUAGCAAAGGAUCUGCACUAUGUAGCCUCAUCAGUGUUCUCACAUCUCCAGCCAAGACCAAGAUGUCACAUAAGUCAGCUGUUACUAACAGUGGUGGCCCCGGAAACCAUGCCUACCUAACCAAUAAAGAGCUGAUGGUGGUACAGCAAAACAUGUCGUAUAUCAACGAGGGCCACGAGAGUCUGGGAGAAGUGCUGAAGGGCCGGGCUACAGAGCUGUCUGUCCUGGUGCAGGAGGUGACAGAGGCCCAGAAGGAGACAGAUGCCAUGAUAACAUGGCUGCAGGACAUGAAGAAGACAGCAGCUUCCUGGAACUCUGCGUCCACAGAGAAAGACACCAUGAAAACACAACUGGAGCAACAGAAGGCCUUUGAGGAAGACAUGAAACAAAAGCGCGAGCAGCUCCAGAAGCUGAGAGAGAAGCUUCUCCAUCUGAUUGAAAAACACCCAGACUCUCCUGAAGCAGCAAAAUGGAAGCAGAUGCUGUCACAGAUAGAUGCUGCCUGGGCGGAUGUGAGCGGGUCGGUGGAGGACAGGAAGCAGUGUCUGGAGGAGUCCAACAGGAACCUGGACGUGUUCCAGACCACUGAGCCGCAGCUCCGCCAGUGGCUCUCAGAGAAGAAUAUGAUGCUCAGUGUCCUGGGGCCCCUCUCCAUGGACCCCAACAUGCUCAACACACAGAAGCAGCAAGUCCAGAUCCUCCUGAACGAGUUUGACAGCCGUAAGCCACAGUUUGACCAGCUUCACGAGGCUGCUGCUGCUAUCCUGAGCACAUCAGGCAAGCAGGACCCCUCCUCUGGUGGGAAGGUGGUGAAGGACCAACUGGCCGCCGUGACCCAGAAAUGGCAGGGCCUGACUGGGCAGCUGGGCCAGAGAGCCGGCCUCAUCGACCAGGCCGUGGGGAAGUCGAGCGAGUUCCAGGAUCUGCUGAUGAGCCUGAGCCAGAGCGCCGCCUCACUGGAGACCCGGCUCAACAGCCAGCAGGCCCUUAGCAGUCAGCCUGAUGUGGUGAAGAAGCAGCUAGAGGAGGCUAACAACAUCUCUGGCCAGCUGAGGGAGGAGAGGAAGAGGCUAAAAGAGGCUGAGACCCUCUGCUCUGAGCUUUCUGCCCUGGUCACGGAGGACUACCUGAAAGCAGGCCUAGACAGGCAGCUGGAGGGGGUCACCAAGCCUUUCAAACAGUUGGAGGACAAAGCAGGGAAGCGGAUCCAGCAACUGAACUCCGCCUUCGCAAGCUCCCAGCAGUUCCACCAGACCUCCAAAGACUUCCAGGGGUGGAUGAACGAGAAGCUCCAGGAGCAGUCUAAAUCCCAGGCCAUCUCGGCCCAGGUGGAGACCCUCCGGCAGAGCCUGAAAGAACAGAGUGCCCUGCAGAAGGCCCUCAGUGAACACGAGGAACAGUACAGCACCAUCGUCAGGGAGGGAGAGACCCUCCUCCAGAACACUGACGGGGCAGAGAAGGUGGCGAUGCAGGGCCAGCUGGCUACACUGCGUUCCAACUGGGACGAUGUGAAGAAGAGCUCGGCUGAGCGCCAGGAUAAGCUCCAGGGGGCGCUGCAGAGGGUCCAGAAGUAUCACGAGCACGCUGAGAAGCUCCAGUCCUGGGUCCAGGAGUGUGAAGCCAGGGAGGGCAGCGUCAGGCUCAGCGUGGACCCAGCGGAGGUGGAGAGCUCCAUCUCCCAGCUGAAGGCCAUCCAGAAGGACGUCGAUAAACACAGAGGCCUGGUGGAGCAGCUGAACACUGCAGCCGACAGCCUCCUGGAGGUGGCCAACGCAGACACAGAGGCCGUCAGGGAGGAGAAGGCGGCCAUCGGGCAGAGCGUGGACCGGGUCACGGAGGGGGUCCAGAACAAGAGAGAGUCUCUGGAGAAGAUCUCACAGAGGCUGAAAGAGUUCAACGACACCCACAAUGAGGCCAAGGGCCAGCUGGCAGGGGCUAAGAAGCAGCUAGAUGCCCACACAUCACUGGGGGUCCAGGCCUACAGCAACAAGAACCUGACCAACAUGAAAGCCCAGCAGAAGAGCCUGGAUGGAGUCAACACCCAGGUUGAGCACCUGAAGAGCCUUGCCCAGGGCCUGGUGGCUGAUGUCCCCGAGGCAGACGGGGUGACCGACCUCCUACUGCAGGCCGACAGCCUGGAGAAAGAGCACGGCUCCCUCAGCAAGGAUGUAGGGGAGACCUGCUCCACCUUGGAGGGCAAGCUGCAGGGCAUCGGGCAGUUCCAGACCAACAUCCGCGAGAUGUUCACCCGCUUCGCAGACCUAGAUGACGAGCUUGACAGCAUGGCUUCUGUGGGCCGCGACCUGAUCACACUUAAGGAGCAGCAGGGCAGCAUCAAGGGCUUUGUGGAGAAACUGCAGGAGCUGAUGGCCGACACGGCUCGAGGAGGGGACAGCUGUAAGAAGAUGCUGGAGACUGAGGCCUCCCCAGACCUGCUGGGGCUGAAGAGAGACCUGGAUGCUCUGAGUAAGCAGUGUGGCAAGCUGAUAGACAGAGCUAAAGGGAGAGGGGAAGAGGUGGGGAGCACACUCACCCGUCUGGUUGAGCUUUACUCCAAGCUACAGCAGUUCACCAACAAACUGGGCGGGGCUGAGGUCAAGGAGGAAGGUCAAGGGUCACUUGGCAUGGAGACUGAUGUCAUCAACCAACAGCUGGAAGCUUUCAAGGUAUUCCAGAAAGAGGUUGAUCCACUGCAGAGCCAGUUGCAAGACAUUAACUGGCUGGGCCAAGGCUUGAUCCAGAACGCUGACAAAGGCACCAGCACCAAGGGCCUUGAACUUGACCUGGAGGAUGUCAACACACGAUGGAACACUCUCAACAAAAAGAUUGCUGAGCGGUCAGUGCAGCUGCACGAGGCCCUGUUGCAUUGUGGGAGAUUCCAGGAUGCCCUGGAGUCCCUACUCAGCUGGCUGACGGACACAGAGGACCUGGUAUCCAAUCAGAAACCUCCGUCUGCCGAGUUCAAAGUUGUCAAGGCACAGAUCCAGGAGCAGAUACUCCUCCAGAGGCUGCUGGAUGACCGCAGGCCCACGGUGGAGCUGAUUAAGAAGGAGGGAGGGAAGGUUGCGGAGCUGGGAGCAGAGUCCGUGGACAAGGAGAAGGUGGGGAAGGAGAUUGAGUGCCUGGGGCAGAGGUGGGACGCUCUGCUGAAGAAGGCUGAGAACAGGCACAAACAGCUGAAGAGCAUUCUGGUUGUGGCUCAGCAGUUCCAUGAGACACUGGAGCCGCUGUCUGAGUGGCUCUCUGCCACAGAGAAACACUUGGCCAAAGCUGAACCUAUUGGCACACAGACCUCCAAGCUGGAAGAGCAGAUCUCCCAGCACAAGGUAUUAGAGGAGGAGAUAAUGGAUCACAGUAAAGACCUGGUUCAGGCCGUCAACCUGGGUCAAAUGCUGAAGCUAGUCAGCUCAGUGGACGAUAAGGAGCUGGUGCAGUCUAAGCUGGACUCCAGCCAGGCUAGUUAUGUAGAGCUGCAGGAGCGUUGUAGGAGGAAGGCUGAGAUGCUGCAACAGGCUCUGACCAACGCACAGCUCUUUGGAGAAGACGAGGUGGCCCUCAUGAACUGGCUCAACGAAGUGCACACUAGGCUGAGCGAAGUGUCCGUCAAAGACUACAAGACGGACGUGCUGGAAAAGCAGUGUGCAGAACAGCUGGCCCUACAUGAAGACAUUGAGUUGAGGAAGCAGAACGUUGAUCAAGCCAUUUCUAAUGGAUUGGAACUGCUGAAACAAACAACAGGUGAUGAGGUGGUUGUCAUCCAAGGCAAGUUGGACGGGAUAAAGAUGAGAUACGCUGAGAUCAACUCCAUGAGUGAUAACGUGUCUAAGACCCUGGACCAGGCCCUAACCCUGGCCUCUAAGCUUCAGCACACACAUGAAGACCUCAGCUCCUGGCUGAAGAAUGUCGAGGCUGAGCUCACCGCCUUCACUGCUCAAGCGCCUGUAGGAGAGCAGCUCGUUCAGGCACAAGACAGGCAGAAGGCAUUGCUGAAAGAGGCCAGGGAUCACAAGCCCCAGGUGGACAAACUCAACGAGGUGAGCAGCUCUCUGCUGGAGCUGGUCCCUUGGAGGGCUCGGGAGGGCCUGGACAAGAUAGUGACAGAGGACAACGAUCGCUACAAGGCCACCAGUGACACCAUCGCACAUCACGUGGAGCAGAUAGACGCCGCUAUACUGAAAUCACAGCAGUUUGAACAAGCAGCUGACACUGAGCUAGCCUGGCUUACUGAAGCAGAGAGGAAGAUGUUGUCACUGGGAGAGAUCAGGCUGGAACAGGACCAGACCACUGUCCAGCUCCAGUCCCAGAAGAGUUUCUCUAUGGACAUCAUGAGACACAAGGAUGCCGUGGAUGGAGUUGUGAAAACAGGCCAGGCCAUCAUGAACAGCAAGGAUGAGGAGGAAAAGCAAGCCUUGAAGGCCAAGAUCCAGGCCCUCCUGGAGAAGUAUGCUGCUGUCAGUCAGCUGAACUCGGAGCGCUGCCUGCAGCUGGAGCGAGCCCAGUCUCUGGCCAGCCAGUUCUGGGAGACUUACGAGGAGCUGUGGCCCUGGCUCCAGGAGACCCGCACCAGUUUCAGCCAGCUCCCACUGGCGUCCAUCGAGUACGAAGCUCUCCGACAGCAGCAGGAGGAGCUCAGGCAAAUGCGAGAGCUGAUUGCUGAGCACAAGCCCUACAUCGACAAGAUGAACAAGACAGGUCCCCAGCUACUGGAGCUGAGUCCUGUGGCGGGGGUCGCUAUCAGGGAGAAGUACACAGCCACAGACCUGCUGUACGCACAGCUCAAGGCUGACGUCAAACAGAGGGCCUUUACUCUGGAUGAGGCCAUCUCCAAAUCCACACAGUUCCAUGACAAGAUCGAGCCCAUGCUGGAGUCCCUGGAGCGGAUCGCUGAGCGCCUGCGUCAGCCUCCCUCCAUUUCUGUGGAGGUGGAGAAGAUCAGGGAGCAGAUCACAGAGAACAAGGUUGUGUCAGCGGACCUGGAGAAACUGCAGCCGUCCUACGACACGCUCAAGCAGCGUGGCGAAGAGAUGAUUGCUCGCUCAGCGGGAGCUGACAAGGACAUAUCUGCUAAAGCUGUGCAAGACAAGCUGGAUCGGAUGGUGUUCACCUGGAAUGAGAUCCAUGCCCUGAUGGAGGAGAGGGAGGCCAAGCUGCUGGAUGUAAUGGACCUGGCAGACAAGUUCUGGUGUGACCACUGUGCCCUCAUCGUUACCAUCAAGGACACCCAGGACCUGCUCAGGGAGCUGGAGGAGCCUGGAGUCGACCCUUCUGUGGUGAAACAGCAGCAGGAGUAUCUGGAGAGCUUCAAGGAGGAGAUUGACGGCCUCCAGGAGGAGCUUGAUGUGGUGCGGAACCUGGGGGCGGAGCUUAUGGCUGCUUGUGGUGAACCAGAUAAGCCAGUCAUAAAGAAGAGUAUUGAUGAGGUGAACUUGGCGUGGGAGACUCUGAACAAGGCAUGGAAGGAGAGAGUGGACAGACUGGAUGAGGCCAUGCAAGCUGCUGUACAGUUCCAGGAUGGCCUGCAGGGUAUGUUUGACUGGGUGGACAUUGUGGAGCACAAACUGGGUUCUAUGUCACCUGUGGGCACAGACCUGGACACUGUCAAGCAACAGAUAGAAGAACUCAAGGAGUUCAAAGGUGAGGCGUAUCAGCUGCAGAUGGAGAUGGAGCGACUGAACCACCAGGCGGGCCUGCUGCUGAAGAAGGUGACGGAGGAGUACGACCGUUGUGCCAUCCAGGAGCCCAUGACCGAGCUCAAAAUGCUCUGGGACAACCUGGAUGAAAAGAUCAUCAACAGACAGCACAAACUGGAAGGAGCGCUGUUGGCUCUGGGGCAGUUCCAGCAUGCGCUGGACGAGCUUCUGGCCUGGAUGAGCAACACUGAAGAGCUGCUCAACGAACAGAGGAAGGCUGUAGGAGACCCCAAGGCCAUUGAGAUCAAGCUCGCCAAGCACCACGUCCUCCAGAAUGAUGUGUUGGCCCAUAAGACGACAGUGGAGGCAGUCAACAAGGCCGGUACUGACCUGGUGGAGUCCACUUCUGGAGAGGAAGCCGCUGGCCUGCAGAACAAACUGGAGAACCUCACCCAGCGCUGGAAGAACAUCCUGGAGAAGACAGAGCAGAGGAGGCAGCAACUGGACAGUGCUCUGCUUCAGGCCCAAGGUUUCCAUGGCGAGAUCGAAGACAUGCAGCAAUGGCUGAAAGACACAGAGCGUCAGCUGUUAGCAUCAAAGGCUGUGGGAGGCUUACCAGACACGGCCCGCGAGCAGCUUAAUGCCCAUCUGGAGUUAUGUUCCACAAUGGAGGCCAAGGAGGAGCUGUACCAGCAGCUGAUGAACAAAGGUCAGCAGCUGCUCACCAUGACCCCCUCCGGCCAGGACAGCAACACAGAGCAGGACCUCCGUAACCUACAGGACAAAUGGGAGUCUGUGCAGGCCAAGGUGGCUGAGAGAAAGGUGAAACUGGAGGAGGCUUUGGCUCUGGCCAUACAGUUCCAUAACUCUCUCCAGGACUUCAUCAACUGGUUGACCCAAGCUGAACAGACUCUCACUAUGUCCUCUCCUGCCUCCCUCAUCCUGGAAACCAUCCUGUUUCAGAUAGAUGAGCACAAGGUGUUUGUGACAGAGGUAAACUCCCACAGGCAGCAGAUCAUUGAGCUGGAUAAGACAGGGACACACCUGAAGUACUUCAGCCAGAAGCAGGAUGUGGUGCUGAUCAAGAACCUGCUGAUAAGUGUACAGGGUCGCUGGGAGAAGGUGGUGCAGAGGUCUGUGGAGAGGGGCCGUCUGCUGGACGACACCAGGAAGAGGGCCAAACAGUUCCACGAAACCUGGAACAAGCUGACAGAAUGGUUGGACGAUUCGGAGAAGGCUUUGGACUCUGAGCUGGAAAUCGCCAACGAUCCUGACAAGAUCAAGACGCAGCUGGCCCAGCACAAGGAGUUCCAGAAGGUGCUGGGGAGCAAGCACUCAGUGUAUGACACCACCAGUCGUACCGGACGUGCCCUGAAGGAUAAGACGUCACUGCAGGACGAUAACCAGAAGCUGGACGACAUGCUGAGUGAACUGAGGGACAAGUGGGACACUGUCUGUGGCAAGUCAGUCGAGAGGCAGAACAAACUGGAAGAGGCGUUGCUGUUCUCUGGUCAGUUUACUGAUGCCCUGCAGGCCCUGAUUGACUGGCUGUACAGAGUGGAGCCUCAGCUGGCCGAGGACCAGCCAGUACAUGGAGAUAUAGACCUUGUGCUCAAUCUCAUCGACAGUCACAAGGUGUUCCAGAAGGAGCUGGGUAAGCGGACAGGGAGCGUUGCGGCCCUGAAGCGUUCGGCUAAGGACCUGAUUGAGAGCAGCCAUGAAGACUCCUCCUGGGUCAAAGCUCAGAUGCAGGAGCUGAGCGCUCGCUGGGAGACAGUUUGCGCUCGCUCAGUAUCUAAACAGACCCGGCUGGAGCAGGCACUGAGUCAGGCUGAGGAGUUCCACUCUACAGUCCAUAUGCUGCUGGAGUGGCUGGCCGAGGCCGAGCAGAGCCUGCGUUUCCAUGGCACCCUGCCCGACGACGAGGAGGCCCUCGGGGCUCUUAUCGAGCAGCACAAGGAGUUCAUGAAGAAACAGGAGGAGAAGAGAGUGGGCCUGAACAAAGCCACCAGUAUGGGGGAGGCUAUCUUGACCAUCUGCCACCCAGACUCUAUCACCACCAUCAAACACUGGAACACCAUCAUUAAAGCCCGCUUCGAGGAGGUCCAGGCGUGGGCGCGGCAGCACCAGCAGCGCCUGGCCAUGGCCCUCAGUGAUCUGCUGGCCACUAAGGAGCUGCUGGAGGGUCUUUUGGGCUGGCUGCAGUGGGCUGAGACCACACUCAAUGACAAGGACAAGGAGGUCCUGCCUCAAGAGAUAGACGAGGUCAAAGCCCUCAUCGCUGAACACCAGACAUUCAUGGAGGAAAUGACCAGGAAGCAACCAGAUGUUGACAAGAUCACCAAGACACACAAGAGAAAGGCUGUGGUCGGGAGCGAGCCUGCCAGCCAGUCCCAUAUCCCUGUCCUGGAGAAAGGAAGAGGAAAGCGUUCUCCCACACAAGCCAUGUACCCAUCUUCACAGCCUCUCAUAGAGACCAAGAACCCCAGGGUUAACCUAUUGGUCAGCAAGUGGCAGCAGGUGUGGCUACUGGCCCUGGACAGGAGGAGGAAACUCAAUGAUGCCAUGGACAGACUUGAGGAGCUGAAGGAAUUUGCCAACUUUGACUUUGAUGUGUGGCGGAAGCGCUACAUGCGAUGGAUGAACCAUAAGAAGUCGCGUGUCAUGGACUUUUUCAGACGCAUUGACAAGGAUCAGGAUGGAAAGGUCACCAGACAGGAAUUCAUAGAGGGUAUCCUCUCCUCCAAAUUCCCCACCAGUCGGCUGGAGAUGAGUGCGGUGGCAGACAUAUUUGACCGGGAUGGUGACGGCUAUAUUGACUACUAUGAGUUUGUGGCUGCCCUUCACCCCAACAAAGAGGCAUACAAACCCCUCACAGAUGCAGACAAAAUUGAAGAUGAGGUUACACGCCAAGUGGCAAAAUGCAAGUGUCCUAAACGAUUCCAAGUUGAGCAAAUUGGUGCCAACAAAUACAGGUUCUACCUUGGAAAUCAGUUUGGUCUGGUUCACUGCUUACAUGACGAUGAGAUUAUAACAAGCAGGGACAGUCCAAAUCUAACACCCCACCUACACGUUGCGGUUUUGGAAAGCUGUAUUCUGUUUGGAGACUCCCAGCAGCUGCGUCUGGUACGGAUCCUACGGAGUACUGUGAUGGUGCGCGUGGGUGGAGGUUGGAUGGCUCUGGAUGAGUUCCUGGUAAAAAACGAUCCGUGUCGAGUUCAUCACCACGGGAGUAAAAUGUUGCGCUCGGAAUCAAACUCUUCAAUUACUCAGUCUCCUAUAGGUUGGCAACAAAUCUCACACUUUCUCACCUUGCUCCAUGAACCCCCCAGUGCCAAAGGAAGGACAAACAUGGAGCUGCGAGAAAAGUUCAUUCUCCCAGAAGGCACCACUCAGGUGAUGGCCAGUUUCCGGUAUAGAGGUCGUAGGUCGCGGCCGUCGUCACGUGCUGCCUCUCCCAACCGGUCAAACUCUAACCAUAGCUGUCCGGCCCAGCAUAAUAACACAGCCUUGACCAGCACACCCAAGACUCCCCAACACAUAACCCGCAAUUAUGAUAAGCCCUGGCUGACAAACAGCAAACCCUCCAGUCCUCUAAAAUCAUCAGACUCCUUUGAGAGCCAAGGUUCAUCCUCUGAGAGCAUCCCAAUACAGGGAAGCAAACUGCGUCUCCCUGGAUACUUGUCAGGAAAAGGGUUCCAGUCGGGAGAAGAGCAGGGAACCCUGAUCAAUGCUGCUGUGAUGAAAGCACGGGGGCAGGCAAUAGGCUUUGAAUCAAGAAGACCCGGCAGCCGACCUGGAAGUAAAGCAGGUAGCCGAGGCAGCAGCCGGAGGGGAAGCGAUGCUUCAGACUUCGACAUCUCCGAUAUCGCAUCGGUGUGCUCCGAAACGUCGGAGAUGGUGGGUGACACCAGUCGGGGCACACCCCGCUCAUCGUCACGUCAACACGGAGGCAAGCCCUCCAAAAUCCCCACUCCUCAGAGGAGGUCGACCCCCAGCAAACUGGCCAAGGCCUCCAAGAGAUAGUCAUUGGCCUUGAGUCAACUACGGGAGCCCCGUUGGCCCAAAGUGGCCCUCCUGGUUCCACAAGACGUAUGGAGACUGGAGACACAUGAACUGACACUAGAGACUGGUGUAUGUGUUAAUUAUUUAAAGUGUUGCGAAGAUGUUAAAUAUUCUGUUGAGAGAAAAAAUGGUUUAAUAUUAAGUGAGAAUGGAAUGUCAAUGGCCUUGUGUAUUUGUCUUAAUGUAUUUUAUUUUCUGUGAAUAAUGUCAAAUUAUUAUGAUCAUUUUAUUUUAUUGACGCUAAACCUGAAGAGGAACAAAAAACUGAAAGAAAAAAAACAUGGAAAAGACUACAUUGUAUGGUCGUUCUAACACUUUUACACACUAAUGAAUGGUAACGCACAGCAUUGUGCUCUGAGAGAGUUACUGAAUGUACUGUAAUUUCUGUAUGCUGACAUGCGUGUGACAGACGGUGCAUCACGCUACUGUGGGACACCAAUGAUCUAUUAUCUAUUUAAAGUGCAAUGAUGUACUGCCAAAAUAUGCAUUUAAAGGGCAAUACAAUAUACAUGUAGCCUACCACAUAGUAAAUACUGCAAAUAAUGAUGUUCUGACAGAGAAGACCGUUGAAGGCAAGUUCACGCAGAAACCCCUCAAUAUCCAGGCUUUAAAAUACUUAAACUUUCCUUAGUACCUGCAGGUAAUACUGUUUUGCUUGGUCAACUUACAGCGAUGUGUGCCAUUUUACCUUGAAGAGGGGCCUCCCGGGGCCCUGAGUAGACAUUAUUUAGUGCAUCAUCAUGUCAGUGUAUGGUUCAUUUUGCUGGAGUGGAAAGGAUUACUGUAACCUUUUUGUAAUAAAUGUGCUUGCAAUAAGCUGCCAUGGGAUAAUGA